AUGAAACCGUUCAGCGGUAUAACAUUUUGUCCUACAGGGAUAGAGGAGGAACUUUCCAAGCAGUUAAGGAAAAGAAUUUAUAAACUUGGGGGUGAAUAUACCACUGAUCUAAUGACAAAAGUUAACGUGAUUAUUCUGAAUAAUAAUAGAGAUACAACCAAGUAUAAGUUUGCUAUUAAGUUGCGACCAGAUAUUGUGUUUGUCGAGUCCACAAUAGUUAAUGAGAUUUAUGAACUUUGGAUAAAUGGGGAAGACGUUACAAUGGCGGACCAUUUUAACUUCCAAAUGUAUAAGAAACAAACGCAAAGGAUGUUACUUGUCUUACAGUCAAGAUAUUCUGCCCUACCGUUUGAAAAUUAUUAUAUCUUCAUAGGGAGGAUCCAAGACGAGAAGUACCCUGUGCCAGACUUGGAACGAAUAGCCAAGGAGGAUGGUUGCUUUAAAUGUGUCAGCAAAUACUUUGUCAAGGACGCCAAAACUACAAACCCAUCUUCCAAUGUCAUUUUCAUCUCAGAUACUUUACAUGGUGUACGAAUAGAGUCCGCGAUGGCAGAAGAUAUUCCAAUUGUACAUCCCAAAUGGAUAAUGGAUUGUCAUAGGAGGCACGGUACACUAGAAUACGACCCAUUUUACCUGACCAAAAAUGUUUUGAACCAAUCUGACGAGCAGAUUGGCUUAGGGGCUUGCAAUUGUUGGCCAGAUGUGGAUCAGCGGUUUGCUGAUCAGAAGAUCCCCCCUAAACCCACUGAUAACGAUGACCUUGAAUCUAGUGCAAGACCGAAUUCCGUUCUACUAAACAAAUUCAAACCGGAGGCCUCACGACUGUGGAAGAGAGCGUUUUCCGUCAAAAUGCCUAAAACUCAAGAAGACAAUAAGAAGGGGGAUUUUGAAAAUGAACCAACCCCACAGAACGGCACCAGCAGCUCAUCACCCAAUGCAAAAAUAGUCGUUCCAGAAAAAUCAAGACCAAUAUUUGAGAAUUGUACUUUUACCAUUCACCCAAAAUUCACCGAUAAACACGCCACAAUUUUAAUUGAUGUAAUAAAGAGAAAUGGAGGAGUAAUAAUGACAUCUGAUUUGACAUACCCUGAUUAUUUAUUGGUCCCCAGCUCCAUCCCAGUAGAUGAAUUACGUAUCGCCAAAAAUGGCAUGGCACCAGUGGCAACGGAAUUUUUCAUUGAAAGGUGUCUACACUAUAAACAACUAAUAACACCCGUAGAUUCCUGGUCGAAACCAUUUCUACGGACCAACAAAUUUAGCAUUAAACCAACGCGUAAGCUCUGUCACAAUGGUGAUUCCAAUUUGCAUAUUUCUAUUUCAGGCUUUCAGGGUGUCGAAUUGCUGCAUCUAAAAAAGAUCCUAAAACAAUUAUCGGGGAAAGGUGUAACAUACUCCGAAUACUUGAAUAAUAAUAUUGAUCUGCUUGUGGUCAACCUCUCUUCAUUAUCUAGUAUACCUACAACACAUGUCCUUUGGAAUAACAAGUACAGUGACAUGUUUAAACUAAACGUGAGUGCUAACGAUAGGAGCAAACAGAGUCUCGUUUGCCGAAACUUCUUGAAGAUGAAACUUGAGUACGUCAAGGACAAACAUGCCAUUCCAGUGGUGACGCCUGCCUUUUUGAUGGAGCUUCUACUCAAUACGGCAAAUGUGAACCAUAGAAGAGAUAACUUCCCAAAGGUACACAUCAAUAACUUCAACUGGUGUAUUUCGUGUCCCAAAGGAAAUACAGAGCAAUUUUCAUGUGAAAUUAUAAAUGACAGUGGUUCCGAUUUACCGGGAACGAACCAAAUUUCAGGAAAACCACCGUCGAAGACGCGUUAUAAAGUGGAUAUGUCUAUUUUGGAGAAAUCAAACGGCGCAAGUGGGUCUCCCACCACCUCUCUGAGAGCCAAGACCAAGGAAGUGUUAGAUAAAAUUAAGGCAUCCAACGAGGAGUCUCACAAACGAUCUAAUACGGAGAGCUUACAUAGCAUCCCUCAUUUGGAAAAAGAAUCCAAAGUAGAUACGACUUAUCCGUCUCCAAAACGACAAAAGCUCUCUGAAUUGAAACGUAUAGAACCGAUCAAUAGAACGAGCAGUUGGGGUAACAUGAUGUCCAACGAUAAGCUAAAGCAAGGAGACGUUUUGAAAGAAGCUGAUUCGGAAGCAGAUGAACCUUACCGGAUCCCGGACGAAAUUGCUCCCGACCCUGCGUACACGCAAAUUGGUUACGGAGUUCCAAAGGAGAAACUAUCUACAAAGAACCCCCUCCAUUAA